AUAAGUAGCCAGAGCUCAUGGCCAAUCAGUUUAUAAUCUUAUGGAGUCCUGUGUAUGAUUUCUCUUUGGGGCAUGCUGGCUGAGGGGUACCGGUCGGGAAAGAUACCCCAACAAGCCGGCCCUCAUGUUACAAAUGGCGCCCAACAUGGGGCUACAUGCAGUAACAAAUUUGUUAUGCUUUUUUGAUGACAAUUUAAAAGAUGCAAUUGUCUAUUUGCAUCGUAUCUUGGAUAUCUUUUAUUUUCAGCUUGAUACUUGUUAGAGUCAUCUGGAAAGAACUGUCUCCAUCAGAAUGACUUAUGGGCAAAUUGUAUGAUUUGGCCUUGCGUCUCACCUGCUUUUGGAUGACCUGUUCCACAGUGGGUGGGUUCAUCCCUAGGCCUGUGGCCCUGGUCUCUAUAAGAUAUCUAGCUGUACAUUUACUAGUAGGUAAACCAGCAAGCAGAAUUCUUCCAUGAUUUCUGUUCAAUUUCCUGCCUUGAAUUCUUGCCCUGAGUUUCCUCAGUGUUGGAUUGUGAUCUUUAAGUAUAAGUCAAAUAAACAUUUUUUCCCAAGUUGUUUUUGGAUAUGGUGUUCAUCACAGCAAUAGAAUACAUAAGGUCAUGAUGGAAUCUGCAGAAGUUGAUAAGGAAAGUCACACAGCAAACCAAGUGGUUUGGACCAGUUCCGGACUGUAGAGGAACCAACUUGCAAAUAGACUCUGCUAUCCCUAAACUUCCCUUUUUCCAUCCCAUCAAAUCAACAUGACUAUAGUCUCACUUCCAAGGAAACUGCAGAACUUCAGUUCUUUUGAUGAAAAAAUAAUUGGGAAGAUGGCAGUCUGGUUCUUUAUGUUCCCAUCGCCUUCAUCAACCCCUUUGUAACAGCAUCACAUCCCUGGUGCAGGGAUGUCUCUCUCUGGACAGACAGUGGAACUGACAAGUCAGUCUAUCCAAGAGCCUUCUCCCCAUCAGUUCAGAGGAGAGAGCAAGAAGGACAAUCCCUGGUUGUCCACAGUUUCGCUGACGAGAAACCUGAAGGCUUUGUUUCAGUUUCCAGUUUCAUUUUCCUACUGGUGUGUGCCACACCACACCUCAUUUUAUAGCACUGUUUCCAGCUUAUAUAUGAGAAGUCCAGUUGGUGCGAAAGUCCAGAAGAGAGCGGAGCACCAAGGAAGGAUCCUGAAGAGUCCUCUCCUGGUGAAAACCCAAAGAACCGCAGCCACCUUCACAGCCACCAUGGGAGAGAAUGCUGGUGCUGAUCAGGUCAAGAAGAAUCUGCUUCAACUGAAAUGUCACUUCACGUGGAAACUGCUCUUUGAAGACAUUGACAUACCUGAUUUGGAAAUGAGAAUCUCAGAGCAGGUCGAGUUCCUAGACAUCAUGAGCACAGUGGGGAUGCACAACCUCCAGGCCUAUGUGAGACACCUGAAAGGCCAGCAUGAGGAAGCUCUGCAGAGCCUGAAAGAAGCAGAAACCUUGGCCCAGAGAGAGCAGUUGGGCAAGAGAAUCCUGGUGACCUGGGGCAACUGUGCCUGGGUGCAUUAUCACAUGGGCAGCUUGGCAGAAGCCCAGACCUACCUGGACAAGGUGGAGAAUACUUGCAAGGAAUUUGCAAGUCCCUUCCGCUACAAGAUGGAGUGUGCUGAGAUGCACUGUGAAGAAGGCUGGGCCUUGCUGAAGUGUGGAGGACGGAAUUAUAGACGAGCCAUGGGCUGCUUUGCAAAAGCUUUGGAAGCUGAGCCUGAAAACCCCGAAUACAACACUGGCUAUGCUGUCGCCGCCUAUCGUGAAGACAUUGAUGACAAUUUUAUUUCUCUAGAACCCCUGAGGAAGGCUGUCAGGUUAAAUCCAGCAGAUUCAUAUAUUAAAGUUUAUCUUGCCCUGAAACUUCAGGGUGUAGGAGAAACAGAUGAAGCAGAAAGAUUCAUUGAAGAAGCCCUCAGCAGCACAUCCUGUCAAACCUAUGUCUUUCGUCAUGCAGCCAAGUAUUACCGCAAUAAAGGCUGCAUAGACAAAGCUCUCCAACUCCUACACAAGGCCUUGCAGACAUCACCUGACUCUGGCUACCUGCAUUACCAAAUAGGGCUCUGUUACAGGCAACAAAUGAAGCAACUGAAGACUGAGCCUGGUGAGCAGGGCAGAAAGCAGGAAAUGGCACAACGGGCCAUUUCUGAAUUUCAGAAGGCUGUGGAACUGAGGCCCACAUAUGAGAUGGCUUAUGUUUGCAUGGCUGAAGUGCAGGCAGAAAUUCGGCAAUAUGAAGAAGCUGAGGCAAAUUUCCAGAAGGCGCUGAACAUGAAGAACCUUAGGGGUCACAUAGAACAGGACAUUCAUUACCGCUAUGGCCGUUACCAGGUAUUUCAUCAACAAUCAGAGGACAAGGCCAUCACCCACUACUUAAAAGGUCUAAAAAUAGAAGAAACGUCCUAUGCCUGGAGGAAAAUACUCAUAGCUUUGGAGAAAGAGGCUAACAAAAGGAUUAAAAAUAAUGUUCGACUUGUGGAGAGCACCAGCCUCCUUGGGUUAGUCCACAAGCUGAAAGGGAACAUGCCCGAGGCCCUGAUGUACUACGAGAAGGCCCUGAGGCUCACUGGGGAGAUCAACCCUGAGUUCUGAAUGCAGCUCACAUCUGCAAAGAUAAUGUACUCGUCACUGAGAUUCCAUCCCUCCUAACUGACUGCUUUCCCCACAACUGCAUACUUGCUGGAAUCCAAGUACCUAAAUGCAUUGGCUCCUGCCACCUCUUUCCCACUUUCUCAUUGUCCUGUCUAGAAGGAACUUCUGUCCCCACUACACCUGCUCACUUAAUGGCCAGGCCUGACUCCUGCUGUUCUCGACCCUUCGAGCCCUGUCACAAACCUUUUUCCUUAUGUCUGUGCUAUGAGAAAGAAAGUCUUCAUCCUCUGCUUGCUUGUGUCCGGGACAAAGAAGUCUUCUCCAAUCAGAAUUCAAUUUUGAUCAUCAGAAUCUCUUACAAAAGUACAACCUCAGAACAAAAGAGAUGAGCAAGAGAGUUUGAAAGCGGGAGAGGUCUCACAGUCCUGGACACCCAUUCACAGCUAAUGAGAGACUUAAGUGUGGGAACAGUAAUGCAUGGGAAGCUUGCUGGGACCUUACAGACUGAAGAUGACAUAAAAAGUUUGCCUGAUUUUUUUCUGUCCUAUUGAUAGUGUGUUGUGUGUGAUGCUUUCCCUCCACUAAAAUAAAUUCAUUAAAAUUCACUGGAAUCACAA